AUGGGAGGCAAGGCUUUCACUGCAGCGCUGGCUGUCCUUCUGGGGGCGGUCUGCCUGUGCGGCGUCCAUGCCGCAGUUGUCGUCAACACGCACAAUGGCAUGACGUUCUUUUACAAUGAUCCGCACAAGACCGUGCCUCGUACGGCCACCGUGGCUAGUCUAGAGACGGCGGAGGAGUGCAUCUGUUCCGAUGCCGAUCCUCGCUCGGACGACACCCUUACGGUGACCUACAACUGCUACCAUCAGGCCCUGUUUGGGAACUGCGAGGCUGAAUUCAUGAAGGGUGCCCUGGAGGAGCUGGUGGAGAGUGACGGUUUCUGCCAGAUGAGCUGCAACAACUGCACCUGCUGCGACUCGCCCUACAACGUGAUCGAGAAGACCGGGAACACCCGUUUCCUACAGGUUACUUGGACUGGUGGCUGA